AUGGAGGAAAAUGAGAUAAUCAACGAUUUCGGAACGAGAAUCACUCAGAUGGUGGAUCAAGUAAAGGCAUGUAGAGAAACUGUUACAGAGCAGUAUGUUAUCGCUAAAAUUUGUUGUUUUUUAACACUAAGACUUGACAACAUAGUUGUGGCAAUUGAGGAGUCGAAGGAUCUUGCGACGAUGAGAAAAUUGGAGCUACAAAGUUCUCUUGAGGAUCAUGAGCAAAAGAUGCAAGAGAGGAAUAGCAAUAAGGAAGAGGCGGAGAUUGCUUUGCAAGCUAGUUUCAAUGAGAAGAACAAGAGAUUGAAAGGAAAAUGUUCCAUGAAGAGCAAAGGCAAUUUUCAUAAUUUUGGUGGAAGAGAGUCCCAAAGUUCAAAUAAUUCAACUUGUCAAAGGGGUGAGAGCAGCUACAAAAAACAUGGUGGUCAAGGCAACUUUAUAGGUGAAAGGAAGAGGUUUUACAAGAGCAAGGAACAGUGUUACAAGUGUCAAUGCUUCGGUCAUUUUUCAAAAGAAUGCAAUGCAAAUAAGAAGGAAUCUCAAGUGGAUGAAGACAAGGUGCAUGAAAAGGAAGAUGCCAUGAUGAGUUUGAAAGGAGUUCAAUGCAGUGAGGAUUGGUAUUUGGACUCGGGUUGUUCAACUCAUAUGAUGGGGAGAAAGGAUUGGUUUAUCAAAAUCAAUUGUACCAUGAAGAACAAAGUAAAGUUCACGGAUCAUACCACUCUAAUGGACGAUGGGGUCAUUGAUGUUUUUAUCAUGAAGACGGAUGAUGGAAAUUCCUUGAUCAAAGAUGUCUUGUAUAUUUCAGGAAUCAAAUGUAACCUUCUAUGUAUUGUCCAAUUAUUUGAGAAGGGUUACAAGAUUCACAUGGAAAUUAAGGGACUAUAUGUUAUGGAUGCAAAAGGAGUUUUGGUCCUUAAAGUGCCUAUAGUUUCCAAUAGAACCUUCAAGGUUGAGUUGAAGGUUAUGAAGUAUAUAUGUCUUGCAACUGUAGCAAGUAAAGAAGAGUGGAUGUGGCACUAUCGUCUUGGCAUCUCAACUUUAGAGAUCUCAAAGACUUGCAAAAGAACGGAAGGGUAA